AUAUGUGUGUCUGUGUGUGUGCAUCUGUGUGUGCGCCUGCUCAUGUGCGUUUGUAUGUGUGUGUGGGGGUAUGUGUGUGCCUGCUCGCGUGCGGGUGUGUGUGUGAUAGAUUCAGGUCCUUAUUUAAUCCAUAGUCGUCCUGCAAGUAUAAUGUGUGUAUAAUGGCGUACGGGCAUAAGGGGAGUGGAAAAACCCACACCAUGAUGGGCUCCCAGGGGCCCCCCGGGUCCCCUCAGCCAGGCGCCCCCCAGUGUGUCUCCUCCCCCGGGGACCAGCAGGGCAUCAUCCCCCAAGCUGCUGUGGAGCUCUUCAGGCUUGACUACUGCAAUGGUCUUCUCUAUGGCACCACCAACAAAGUCCUCAAAAAACGUCAAUAUGUCCAGAACUCAGCUGCACGCCUCCUCACUGGUACCCGCUCCAGAGAACACAUCACACCUGUCCUCCGUGAACUCCAUUGGCUUCCAAUUAAACACAGAAUCAACUACAAAAUCUUACUCAUCACCUACAAGGCCCUCAACAGCCUAGCCCCCCCCUACCUUGCCGACCUCCUCCAUCACCACGCCCCCUCCCGAUUCCUCAGGUCCAAUUCUGCCAACCUGCUACAAGUUCCACGGACUGAGCGACGGACUUGGGGUGAUCGGGCCUUCUCAGUUGCUGCCCCCACCCUUUGGAAUUCACUCCCCUCCCACAUCAAAGUCUCUCCAACCCUCUCUUCUUUCAAAUCUGCCCUCAAAACAUACCUUUUCACACUAGCCUUCCCCACCUAACUCCCAACUUAUUCUUCAUGUUUAACCUCUGUUUUUCUUUUAUUCCUAGUCUGUCUUACAUAGUUUUGAUAGGGCAAUAUGUAAAGCGUCUUAGAGUACCAUAUUAAGCGCUAUAUAAAUUUCAUUUAUUAUUAUUAUUAUUAUUAUUUUAGAUAUUAUAUAGCCUAUUUGUUUUGUUAAAUGACAGUAAGCCUAAUAAGGUAUAUUAUACACAAAGUUCUUCGUUAUAGAGUGAUAUAUUAGUUGUAAUUUGGGGCGUAUUCAAAUAAUGUAUUUUAUAUAUUAUAUAUAGCCUUUUUGUUUUGUUAAAUGUCAUUAAGCCUAAUAAGGUAUGUUAUGCACAAAGUUCUUCGUUAUAGAGUGAUAUAGGUUAAUAUAAGUGGAAGAUGUGGAAGAAUUUGUCACCAUGGUACAAGCGGUAGUGACGCCUGGUUAGUAAUCAAGAAGGUGGUUGUUCGAUUCUCUCCGGGGUCAGAUACAUUUCUGCUCUUUCAGUCAAACUUACUGACGCAAUCGGCCUCUUUCAUUUGAACAUUUUUGUAUGAUUUAGUACGAUGGUAUGAUAAUUAUACGACGUAAUGACGGGCUGCGACGCCUGGCUGAUAUCGGCUGGCUGGCUGCGACGACAGGCCAGCCACGGCUGGCCGCUGUCUGCCGCUGGCCGCUGGCUGCGGCUGGCAGCUGGCUCUGGCAGGCUGACCGACUAGGUCGUGACCAUAAAAGCGUCGCAACCCUUUUGGCGGCAAAUAGGUCGCAACCAACCAGAGGUAUGGCUGAAUGAGCGACCUGUGGCAGCCAGCCAUUGUCACCAUGGCUGCUACCAUAACAAAAAGCCUAUAUGUUAUCAGUUAACAUUUCAUUGAACAGAAUAAAUAGACUUGCGUCAGUAUAAUAAAAACGUACAUACAAUAAUAUAUAGGCCUAUUGGUCUAUCCAUCUAUAUUUAAGUAAUACAGUGAUGUGUACAAAUUUAUAUUGAUUAUAUUGUAUAGCCUAUUCAUCUGUUAAAUGUCAAAGACUAUUAAAAUAUCCUAUGAAGAAAGUUAUAGUGUAAUAUACAACACUGUCGAAAUGUAUCGAAUAAAAUAUAGGGGGUAACACCAGGGACGCGGGAAGUCAGUGCCAGGGGGGGGGGGUGCUGAGAGAGAGUCUAUAUAAUGACGUCAUAAUAAAUGCUGCGCAACAUCCAUUGUUUACAGAGACGAGAUGACGGGUGACGUCACAUUCACAGCUCCGCUCUGAUAAACACUCUACUGGUAUGUAAAAAGAGUUCUGCCAACUAGCCAAUGUUAUUCACAAACGUUAGCAAGUAAACAAUGUGGAAAUUAUGCCUAACCCACUGGAGACCGCGGCUCAAUUUCUGUGGAAAACACAAUAUCUUUAAUUUUAAACAUAACGCUAUCAUGUCAUAUAUAACCACAGACAAAUUUAAAUUACAAAUCUCAGUGGGAAGUGGAGAGAGCUGUGAGCUUACCCCCUGGAGACCGGGGUUCCGGUUGAUGUCGUCUGUUGGAAGACUCUUAUCGCUAUUACAUGCGAAUUAUAAAGUCAAGUAUAACCAUUGUGUUGACCUUAUCCGGUGUCUUGAUGGUGCAUUGAUAAUUUCGGAGGUUAACACUCUAAACAGCUCAGGUUCGGAUCCCCGCAAAAACGUCAACAGGGGUACCACUGUCGUUUUUUAUUGGUCAACAUGGAAAAAACAUGAGGGGUAACUCUGUCGUUUUUUAUCGGCCGUCAUGAAAUAAACAUAAUGGGUAACACUGUCGAUAUUUAUCAAAUAAAACAUAGGGGGUAACACUGUUGUUUUUCUUUGGUCGUCAUGAAAAAAAACAUAAGGGUUGAAAAAAAACAUAACUGUUGUUUUUUAUUGGUCGUCAUGAAAAAAAACGUAAGGGGUAACACUGUUGUUUUUUA